AUGUCACAGGCCGAAAUAGAACUCUCGGCCCUCUCUUCCACCAGUGAGGCGGAGAAGGGGGGAGGCCUCCAGCAGCGGGACGUUGACUUGUCGCAGUGGGCGGCGGCGGCGGCGGAGUGCGGCGCCAGUAACGGCGAUAAUCCCCGGAAGCAGCCGGAACACUUUGGGAUUCCGCCGCUGUGCCCCACCCGCUCCAGCGGCGGCGGCGGCGGCGGCGCUGAGGCCGCUGCGGAGCAGCACCUGGUCGCGCUCCUGCAGAAGGCGUCGCAGGUUAUCAAGGAGGAGCGGGCACGCAGCGCCGCCUUGCAGCAAGAGCUGGAUACGUUGCGCCAGUCCGCCGCGGCGCUGCCGCCUGCGCAGCGGCUGCAGCAAGAGAACCAGGAGCUCAAGCGGCAGCUGCUGUCGCUGCGGGCGCAGGUGUCUGGGGCGCAGACGGCGUCCGAGACGCGGGCCAGGCCUCAGGAAGCAGGUGGAAACUGUUGUCCACCGCCGCCAAGCUGCCGCACCUCGUCCUCGCGGGAGCGCGGCGAGGGGACCUCCUCCAGGCCGUCGACGUCGCAGACGCCGCUCGCGCCCUCCGCGACGCACGCCGUUGCAGGUGGGGGCUACAGCGACGCACAGCACAGACGGCGGCAGACCGUCUCGCUGCAGCGGCGGCAGCUAGGCGCCCCCAGCGAGAGCUCUGGGGGGCGGGCCUCCGUGGGCUCGCAGCAGCCGAAGCAGCGGCAACCGCUUGCCUCGCCGUCCUCAGGAACGUCACCCGAGGUUCCGCGGAAACCCUCGUCCACCGCCACCGAGACGGCGGCGGCAGCGGCAGCUGCGACGGCCUCGAGGCCGCAGCCUCUUUCAAGGUCCCCUGUUGCGCGGGAGCUCUGGCGGGCCACCACCGCACACGACUGCGGGAAGGCGUACAGCUUGGGAAUGAUCACGCGCCUUCGCCGCGCGAUGGCGCCGCAGCCCACAAAGGAGCAGCUGGGCGAGGUUAUCCACGCGAUGGUGCACGAGGUGCUGCGGGAUGUGCGUCGAAGGGGAAUUGACCUGAAAAUGACGCGCCAGGCGCCGUGUGUAUACCGCUGCGAGCUCCGUGGCACUGCUGCCAUCAACAGAAAAGGCAAAGGCGCCAACGCGCGCGUUCUGCACCUCUCCAUUGACAGUGGACGCCUGGCCGUGAACGUAGGCAGCGGCCACGAAAACUUUUUAGACUACCUGGAGCGACAUUGCUUCCUGUCGGGCGCGUCAUAG